GCCCCGCGGCCGCGGCUCCGGGGAUUCCCUUCCGGGGCAGCGCGGCGGGGCCGGAAGUGGCGGCGCCGGCGUGCGGGACGAUGAAGAAGGAGCAGGUGCUGCACUGCCAGUUCUCGGCGUGGUACCCGCUCUUCCGGAGCCUGACCAUCAAGAGUGUCAUCCUCCCGCUCCCCCAGAACGUGAAGGAUUACCUCCUGGAUGACGGGACUCUGGUGGUCUCGGGAAGGGAGGAGCCCGCCGCACGCGCGCAGCCGGACAGCGACGACGAGGCCGAGGAGAUACAGUGGUCCGAUGACGAGAACACGGCCACGCUGACGGCACCCGAGUUCCCCGAGUUCGCCACGAAGGUGCAGGAAGCCAUCAACUCCCUGGGCGGCAGCGUGUUCCCCAAGCUGAACUGGAGCGCCCCCCAGGACGCCUACUGGAUAGCCAUGAACAGUUCGCUCAAGUGCCGGACCCUCAGCGACAUCUUCCUCCUGUUCAAGAGUUCCGACUUCAUCACCCGGGACUUCACGCAGCCGUUUGUCCACUGCACGGAUGACUCCCCGGACCCUUGCCUGGAAUAUGAGCUUGUUCUCCGGAAGUGGUGCGAAUUAAUUCCUGGGGCUGAGUUCCGGUGUUUUGUAAAGGAAAACAAGCUCAUCGGCGUGUCCCAGCGGGACUACACGCAGCACUACGACCACAUCUCCAAGCAGAAGGACGAGAUCAGCCGCGGCAUCCAGGACUUCUUCCAGAGGCACAUUCAGUACAAGUUCCUGGACGAGGACUUUGUGUUCGAUAUCUACAGGGACAGCAGGGGCAAGGUGUGGCUGAUCGACUUCAACCCCUUCGGGGAGGUGACGGACCCGCUGCUGUUCACCUGGGAGGAGCUGGUGUCAGGGCCGGCGCUGCGAGGGGAUGACGGUGACGCGCCGGAGCAGGACGCGCCGGCCUUCCGCUGCACGGACAGCGCGGCCACGGUGCAGCCCAGCCCCUACCUCAGCUACCGGCUGCCCAAGGACUUCGUGGACCUGUCCACGGGGGAGGACGCGCACAAGCUCAUCGACUUCCUGAAGCUGAAGCGGAGCCAGCAGGAGGACAGCUGAGGACAGCCCCGCCGCCGCCGCGGAGACCCGUCAAUAAAGGCCGCAGACCGCCUGCC